AUGGCGGUCUUCAAAGUCCACAACCACUUGCGCCCUGAACGAAUGCUGGAGGCCAUCCGAGUGGUCAUACCGUCCGUGAAGAAGGUGAACACGGCGAGAAAUACGAGGAGCCCGGCGCCUCAGUCGGAGGUUGCGCCUCCUCGGGUUGAGAUUGACCAGUAUUUUGAGCCCGAAUGGACGGGCUUCAGUGAUCACGACAACCGUCAAGUCUGCUGCCUGGCGGGAAGAGACAGUGAUUGCAAUUGGCGAGCACCCAUCUUUGCUUCUCAAAAGAGUGCUGAUGAACUAUACCGCGAGAAUGGCCCGAGGACCGCGGGUCCAGCUCAACACCAACGCCUUGUGGCACCUCACCCGCUCAACGGGAGGACGACCUCUUUCGAAGCUCCUUACAAGUUCAGACUGGGUUCGGACAACUACCACAACCUGGAUAUGACGUCUCCCAUUGUCCGCACGACGCAGCUUCCGCGGGACUCGUACGACGUUUUCCUCAACGCCCGGAACUGCAAGAAGCUGUCCCACAAUAUAGCGGCCGAGGGCAACAUCAAUCCGGCGAUCGCGGGCCAGUACCGGAUCAUAUGCGCCUAUGAGCUUAUACGCGCCAUGAUGGGCCCUGAGUCCAACCAGUACGCACGCCUCUGCAUCGUAUGGUAUCUUAUGGACUCUAACUGAGCCCGAGAUGAAGGGUUCUUCUAUUCCACACUCACCAACUUUCUUUUCCGCAACACUGAAGAUAAUCCUUAAUCACGCUGGAGACUAUCAGAGACAUUGCCGCGCGUUGAUGGAGUUCGAGUUGCUCAAAUACCUUGCAAAUAAGCAUCACAAGGUUAAUCAUCCUAAAAUCUUAGAAAAGGUCAUAAAGCAUAAAAUCGAACCUGACUCUGAAGACCC